AUGGCGGCUUUUGAAGGCAAAGUGAUCGCUGUGACCGGCGCUGCCUCCGGCAUGGGCCUGGCCACCGCAAAGCUCCUUGCUGAGAGGGGAGCUACAAUUUCUCUAGCCGAUAUCAACGAAGAAGCACUCAAAAGGGCCAAAGCCUCCUUGUCGGGUGGCAAGCAUAUCUAUCAAGUGGUAGACGUCAGCAAAAGCGACUCGGUGGACUCUUGGAUUAAAGCGACUCUCAACACUUUCGGCGGCCUUCAUGGUGCUGUGAACAUGGCCGGUAUCAUUGCUGAGCCAGUGCCUCUCACCGAGUACAGCGAUGAGGUCUGGGAUAAGAUGUUUGCAGUCAAUACGCGCGGAGUGUUUAACUGCCUUCGAGCAGAGCUCGGAGCCAUGUCCGCCGGUGCUAGCAUUGUCUCCGCCGCCAGCGUAUUUGGCCAAUUUGGUGCUCCGGGGCAUGUCGCAUACUGCGCAAGCAAAGCAGCUGUCAUCGGCCUUUCGCGUACAGCUGCGAAAGAAAAUGCUCAUAUCAGAGUCAAUUGUGUCUCGCCUGGAUCCGUGAGUACUGCUAUGAAUGAGCACGAUGAUGAAGAACACAUCAAGCGCAGUCUUUCAGGGACUGUGCAGAAGAGAAGAGCUGAUCCGGUCGAGGUUGCUCGGGUUAUCGCGUUUUUACUCGGUGAUGAGGCAUCAUUUGUGACUGGCGCCGUAUAUAAUGUUGAUGGUGGAUGGGUAUGUUAA